CAGCUUCACACCCCAAUGCACCUUUUUCUCAGCCAUUUGGCCUUUGUGGACAUUGGAUACUCCACAUCAGUCACACCAAUCAUGCUCAUGGGUUUCUUAAGGGAGAGAACUACUAUUCCUGUCUCUGGCUGUAUAGCACAGCUUGGCUCUGAUGUCACUUUUGGUACUACAGAGUGCUUCCUGUUGGCUGCUAUGGCCUAUGAUCGCUAUGUGGCCAUAUGCUCACCUUUGCUCUACUCCACCCAAAUGUCCCCAGUGGUCUGCUUCUUAUUAUUGGGGGCUUCCUACCUGGGUGGAUGUAUGAACGCUUCAUCAUUUACUGGCUGUUUAAUGAACUUGUCCUUCUGCGGACCAAAUAAGAUCAACCAUUUUUUCUGUGACCUCUUCCCACUUUUGAAGCUCUCUUGUGGCCAUGUUUACAUUGCUGAAACAUCUCCUGCUAUCUCUUCUGGGUCAGUUCUUAUAAGCAUACUGUUUACCAUAAUUGUGUCCUGCAUCUACAUCCUCCACUCAAUCCUGAAUAUGCACUCUACUGAGGGGAGGAACAAAGCCUUCUCUACCUGCACUUCCCACCUCACUGCAGUCACUUUGUUUUAUGGGGCAGAUUUUGUUUAUGUGAUGCUCAAGUCAGGCUGUUCAGCUGAUCAGGUCAAAGUGGCAUCUGUGAUCUACAUGGUGGUGAUACCCAUGUUGAACCCUCUCGUCUACAGUCUGAGGAACAAGGAGGUGAAAGAGGCCACUAGAAAACAGUCAUUUUUCUGAAUUUAAUAGAGGUAAAUUCAUAAAUAACAAAAACAAUGAUUAGGGGAAUCUAUGUGCUGGAUAUUUUAAAGAUAUUUGUCAUUAAAUUUGUUACUUUUAUGAUGAAGAUAGCCUAUAAAUAUAAAAGUCAAUGUUUAUUUCCAUUUAUAAAGUUAAGUGUGUAAUUUUCAUGAACACUUGCUGGGAUCAAAUUAUAUGUGGGUUUUUCAAGUUAAGAAUACCUCCAGAAAAUAUUUUCUGCUUAAAACCUCUUCCACUCACCAAUUACAGAGUCUAUGACUACAGAGACAUAUUUAAACCAACAUUCAUUUUUAGUUGAAUGCUAACUUGUAAAAUAAUAUUUGGGAAAGAAACUUGUCCCCCAGUAGAGAUGGAAUAGAUAGUAAUAUGGAUCUGUCAGUCAUUACAGGUCACUUCCUUUAUAAUCCUUACUCUACCCUGGUCAACAGAUGUUGAAACUUUUGG